AUGCCUCCACGAACCAUUCCAGCUAGAGCAAAGGGAAAAGGAAAAGGAAAGGAACCGGUUGGUACUUCUCAGCAGCUACCAGACAUUCCUACAAAUGCCUUAGACUUGCUUCAUCCUGCAAUUGCUACUGAGUUUGAGGAUUCCUUCAAGACAAGGUUAGUUAUGAAACCCCAUAUCUUUGAUAAACAUGAUGAUAUUCAUUUGCAUCUCAAUGAUGUGGUUGAACUCCUACAUGCACAAAGACUUGGGUCAUUUUUGUCUACAAAGGAUGAGUAUCAUGAGGAUUUUAUCUGUGCAUUUUAUGCUGGCUUACAAUAUGGUAGAGGAUAUAUGUUUAAGUGCUCUAUCGGUGUCAGAACAUAUACUUUUGAAGCUGCUGAUUGGGAAACAUGUUUCAAAUGUGGCGUUGAAGGUCAUCGUGCUGUUGAUUGUAGUAAGGAUUCUGUGACGUGUUUCAAGUGUGGCAAGAGUGGUCACAGAGCAAACCAGUGUGGAGUUGGUUCGAGUGUGACUUGUUACAAUUGUGGUGAGAAAGGUCACAUUAGUACCAAAUGUGAUAAUCCAAAGAAGGAGCAAGCGAAGGGAAAGGUGUUUGCAUUGUCUGGUGCGGAGGCCACUACCGAUGAUAGGCUAAUCCAAGGUACGUGCUUUAUUAAUGGUACACCUUUGACUGCCAUUAUUGAUACCGGUGCAACACAUUCUUUCAUUUCUUUGGAUUGUGCUAAGCGAUUGAAUCUUAUAUUAUCUGAUAUGCGUAGAAGUAUGGUUAUUGAUACACCUGCUAUGGGUUCUGUUUCUACUUCCUAUGUGUGUCUGAAUUGUCCGUUGAGUAUCUUUGGUAGGGAUUUUGGAAUUGAUUUAGUUUGUCUUCCUUUAGAGCAACUCGAUGUGAUUUUGGGUAUGAAUUGGUUAGAAUUUAAUCGGGUGUAUAUCAACUGUUUCGAGAAGACAAUUAUUUUUCCUGAGGUUGGUGCGAAGGAAGAUUGGUUUGUGUCUGCUAAGCAAGUGGAUGAAUCGGUGCAAGGUGGUGCCGAGUUGUUUAUGUUGUUAACAACUUUGGAUAUUCGUGAGAAGAGGACGAUUGAAGAAUUGCCAAUAGUUUGUGAAUUUGCGGAGGUAUUUCCGGAAGAUAUAAGUGAUUUACCGUCGGAACGUGAGGUUGAGUUUUCGAUCGAUUUAAUUCCUGGAACUAGUCCUGUAUCGAUGACUCCCUAUAGAAUGUCUGCUUCUGAGUUGAAAGAGUUGAAGAAUCAACUUGAAGACUUGCUCGAGAAGAAGUUUAUUCGUCCUAGUGUGUCGUCGUGGGAGCAUCUCCAACUUUUUAGGCGAGGAGUAUGGCCGAUCAUAAAUAAUGUUGUUGCGAAAAACUUGUCGGCUUCGUCGAAUGCCCCCGUUAGAUUGCUCGCCAUUUACUGCUCUGCUAGAGGUUGUCAACUUUCUCCACUAGAUGAGAAUUAUGCUUACUUGGAUAACCUCUUUGGGCCUAUUUUGGAGGAAAUACUAGGUAAUCUAGCCAGGUAUGCCCGACGCGCUUCGACUGCUCUGGCCCUUGGUUCACUCGGUCAUUGGGGGGCUUUCUGGUUCGGCUGA